AGGCCACAGGAGAAGCAGAAGUGCGUCGUCGGUGCAAAGUGCAACACAUUGAGUCGUCGCGUGCGUGCACCAAGGAAGUGCGAGGAAGUCCACGCCUAGAAGUUUUUCAAAGCCUUCCACAACUUUUUGUGCCCAGUCUAAGGCAGGUGUGGCGCUCCUGGCCCCACCUGAGUUUGCGUGACGUCACGCCGGUGCGGUUCUUCCGGGUCGGGAUUGUCAUCUGCAGCCAUGCCGGACGUCCUGAGCGUCACCGAGUUCAUCGGUGAGUGCAACGACGACUACAAGGCGCCCACCACGUCCAGCUUCUCCACGCGCAUGACGCACUGUCGGAACAGCGUCAACGCCCUUGAGGAGGUUCUGGAUGUGGAGCGCUCCGUUCUGUCCAAACUGAAGAAAGCGGUCAAGUCCAUGUACACGUCAGGCCUGGUCCACGUGGAGCACGAGGACCAAUACGUGUCGGCCAUGGAGAAGCUGGGCGACAACUGCCUGAGCGGCGACGACACCGACGUGGGCGCCGCCUUCCUCAAGUUUGCCGUUUUCAGCAAAGAACUGACGGCGCUCUUCAAGAACCUGAUCCAGAACAUGAACAAUAUCAUCUCCUUCCCGUUGGACAGUCUACUCAAGGGGGACCUGCGCGGUGUCAAGGGGGACCUGAAGAAGCCGUUUGACAAGGCCUGGAAGGAUUACGAGAGCAAACUCUCCAAGCUGGAGAAGGAGAAACGCGAGCACGCCAAGCAGCACGGGAUGAUUCGCACCGAGUUCAGCGGCGGCGAGAUCGCCGAGGAGAUGGAGAAGGAGCGGCGAGUCUUCCAGUUGAACAUGUGCGAGUACCUUCUCAAGGUCAACGACAUCAAGGUCAAGAAGGGCGUCGACUUCCUGCAGAACCUUAUCAAGUAUUUCCACGCGCAGUGCAAUUUCUUCCAGGAUGGACUGACGGCCGUCGAGAGCCUCAAACCCUCCGUGGAGAAAAUGGCGUCCGAUCUCACGGCGAUCAAACAGACGCAGGACGGCGAGAGGAAACAACUGACUCAGCUCCGAGACCUCCUGAAGACCUCCUUGCAGUCUGACAGCAAAGAGGAGGCUCCGGCCAAGCAGAAGCAAGGAUACAGCCUGCACCAGCUGCAAGGGAACAAGGCGCACGGGACGGAGCGCUCGGGAGUUCUGUCCAAGAGGAGCGAGGGGCUGAGGAAAGUUUGGCAGAAGAGGAAGUGCUCGGUGAAGAACGGUUUCCUGACCAUCUGCCAUGCCACGUUUUUACACCAAGAGUCAAACAACCAAUCAGGACAAUGCAAGCGGGAGAGCAAGAAAAUCAGGAAGAGGAGGAGGAGGAGGAAGAGCUUAAGGAAAAGGAUGAGAGACAGAAGGACCAAUCGACCACCGGCCAAACUGAACCUCCUGACGUGCCAGGUGAAGAAGAACGCCGACGACAAGAGGAACUUUGACCUCUUUUCACACGACCGGACGUAUCACUUCCAGGCGGAGGACGAGGCCGAGUGCCAGAUAUGGAUGUCGGUCCUCCAGAACAGCAAAGAAGAAGCGCUGAGUAAAGCUUUUAAGGGCGACCAGGACGAAGGCGACAACAUCGUGCAGGAGCUCACCAAGGCCAUCGUGGCAGAUGUCAGGAAGAUGGACGGCAACCGCGUCUGCUGCGACUGUGGCGCUCCAGGUCCCUCCUGGUUGUCCACCAACCUCGGCGUGCUCAUCUGCAUCGAGUGCUCGGGGAUCCACAGAGAGAUCGGGGUGCACUACUCCAGAAUUCAGAGUCUGGACCUGGAUGUGCUGGGAACGUCCGAGCUACUGCUAGCCAAGAACGUCGGCAACGCCGCCUUCAAUGACAUCAUGGAGGCGGAGCUUUCCGCAGAGGGCGUGGCCAAGCCUGAACCGACCAGUGACAUGCAGAGGCGGAAGGACUUCAUCACGUCCAAGUACGUGGACAAGGCGCUGGUCCGCCGCCAGUGUGCCGACAACGAGGGCCGCCUGCAGGCGCUGUACCAGGCGGUGCGCAACCGCGACAUCCUGGCGCUCAUCCAGGUCUACGGCGAGGGCGUGGACCUCACCGAGACCUUCCCGCAGACCCACCAGCACGAGCCGGACGAAACGGUCCUCCAUCUUGCCGUGCGCAUGGUGGACAGGAACUCUCUACACAUCGUCGACUUCCUGGCGCAGAACAGCGGCAACCUGGACAAGCAGACCAGCAAAGGAAGCACGGCGGUGCAUUACUGCUGCUUGACGGACAACAGCGAGUGCCUGAAGCUCCUCCUCCGAGGAAAAGCGUCCGUGACCAUCGCCAAUGAGAGCGGAGAAACGCCGCUGGACAUAGCGAGACGACUCGGCCACACUGAAUGUGAAGAUCUGCUGACUCAGGCUCAGUCGGGAAAGUUUAACGUUCACGUCCACGUGGAGUACGAGUGGCGCCUCCAUAACGACGACAUGGACGAGAGUGAGGACGAGUUGGAUGACAAGCCCACCCCGCACCGCCGCGAGGAGCGUGACCGACCCGUCAGCUGCUUCGGGGGCGCCGGCGUUCCCGCCCAGCUCGCCAAACAUCGCGGUCAGAUUGCCAGCAUGAUGAUCAGCAACGAGACGUACGGCGCCAUGCUGGAUCGGCACCUCCCGCCCGGGCCCAAUCCCCCGUUGCCGCCCAGGGCCCCCGCCAAAGGGCAUGCCGCUAAACCGGGCGGCAUGGAAACCAUUGGAAGGCAGAGGUCUUCAUCCGACCCCCCGGGCCUGAACGUGACCCCCAACAGAAACACCUCCAUGUACGUUCUCCCAGUGGCUCCUCCCCCUCCACCUCCACCUCCUCCUCCGCUACCUAAAGCCAACCACGGGCCCCGGACUUCCCUAGCCUCCUCGGGCCCGCCUCCCACUACCUCCACGAACCCUCCGCCUUUUCGCCACAAAGCGCCGCCGCCCCUGCCUGUCGCCAAAUCACUGGGACCCAAAUUACCCAGCGGAUCAGACCGAUCAGCUCCACCCAGGUCGUCGCUUAGAAGGACUCCAACAGACAAGCGAGCUUCUCAGGUCCAGUCCCCCCGAGACUCUUCCCCCCCGACACCAAAACCAAGAAGCACCUUCAGCGCGUCAAGACCCAAAAGGGUGCGGGCCAUCUACAAGUGUUCCGCCGACAACCCUGACGAGCUGACGUUCGACGAAGGCGAGGUGAUCGUGGUGGAGGGCGAAGAGGACACCGAGUGGUGGUUGGGCCACGUGGAGGCGGAACCUACGCGGCGAGGAGUCUUUCCGGUCACCUUUGUGCAUUUCAUCACAGAGUGACUCCUGGAGUCCUGGAGUGACUAAUAAAGUGAAAUGGGCCCAAGUGAUUGGAAUUGGGCAGACUGGUCUUCUGGGACUUGUCCUCCAUCUUCAUCAUUGAGCAAGAUGCCACUUGAAUUCCUUCUGUGACCAUGCGUGUACCUAAAAACACUUGGAUCGCAGCUCUUUCAUGUUAUGUAAUAUUGUUGUUUAUCGAAAACAUACCUAAAUGACAUUAAAUAGAUUUAUUCCGUU